UAUGUAUCACACUUUUGUAGGUUAGAUGAGUAUGACAUAAUUUUAAACUCACACUUUGCUUUCAACAAUGGCAGCAAGUGGUCUGUUCUCUCUCGCAGUUUUGUGCUUUGCCAGUUACAAUGGCUUAGCGCAAGAAAUGAUAAACUUGGGUGAUUUGCCCAUCGAAAAUCCAGAUUUAUUUGGAGGUGAUAUCCUUGGUGUUGAAGAAAACGAAGAUCGUAGUGCAGUUGUUAACAGCAAAAACCUAUGGCCCGGAGGAAUAGUACCAUAUACAAAGGAUCCCGGAUUAAAAGCUACAGUGUUUGAUUUUAUCCUGCAACAAGCCUUCGAUGAGUACAAAAAGAAAACAUGCAUACAUUUUGUUCCCAGAACAACAGAAAAGGACUACAUUAGAAUAUUUCCUGGACAAGGAUGUUAUUCUCAUGCUGGUAAAACAGGAAAUCAACAACCAGUAUCUUUAGGCCAAGGAUGUGGAUGGUAUGGAACUGUUAUCCAUGAGCUCGGACAUGCAAUUGGAUUCUACCAUGAGCAGAACAGAUCGGAUAGAGAUGACUGGUUGAUCAUCUACUGGGAAAAUGUGAAAGAAGGAAUGGAGGAUCAAUUCUUCAAACUGAAACCACAUCAGAACCAACUAUUGACUCCUUUCGACUACGAUUCUAUCAUGUUAUACGGCUCCUACACUUUCUCUAAAGACCGGAAGAAUCUGAAGACGAUGGUAGGCAAAGAUGGUAGAUUUUUGGUAGAAGUUGUUGCCAAAGGAGGACUCAGCAAAAGUGACGUGAUAAGGAUAAAAAAACUAUAUAAAUGCUGAAUUCAAGAACUUUGCAUUAUAGUUUUUUAUUCUUAACAAAAGAAUACUUUAAUAAAGUUAUUACUUUGAAAUAA